GCGACAGAGUGAGAAAGGAAGAGAGAGAGUGAGAGGGGUGUAAAGUAGCAGCAUACCAAUGAAGAUGGGCAUGAAAUACAAAACGGAGCAUAAUACUGUUAAUUUUAAUACUUUCCAUGCUUUAAAUCAUCUUGGUUCUUUUGGUGGAAUCAGUAAUGGGUAUCAACAAUUUUAAAAUGCCUCGAGGAAAAAGAUGGAAUCUGGAGCUGAAAUAGACAAAUGCAGGAGGUCUGUAGUGAUGGAAGGUGUCAGCUGGGUCACUGUGUGGUGGGGCAGAAGAGGAGAGCUGCUGCUCUUCUGGAUUUCCAUCAUAGUCCCUCCAUCCCUUCUGCAAUCCCCUCUUCCUCUCUCCCUGCCAGUUCAGAUGUCAGUCACUCCUCCAUCUUGGAAGUUUCUCCCUCUGUCCCAAGCAGAGCUGGGCCCUCUUUUCUCCAACUCUAGCCCUUUUGCCUUUUCUCAGAGUAUGUUCAUGCUGCCCCCACCAGGCUGGGGACCCCCACCAGGCCUCCAGGCUUCAUUUGGCCCUUAUUCUGUGACACAGCUUAUAUCAGAGCUUGUCCUCCCUUCCUCUCCCUCUCUUUCUGCCUCCCUCCUCUCAGACAAUGUGGAACGAGAGAGGGAUAAGGGAGGUCAGGAGAGGUUCAGGGUGAGGGUACUGUUCCACAAGCGAGGCAACAUCAGUGCUGAUCUGCGGACCUGCAUCACUCUACUUGCUUUCAAGGAGACAGAGGAGCACAAGGCCUCCUGUACCACACAGCCUCCUUUAGGAUUAUGUGUGGUAACUCUGACACUGCCAAGUUACUGGUUCAACAAUCCACAUGCCAAUCAAUCACAUCCGUGGCACAGUAACACCCGCCAUACACAUUCCUGGAUGCAGAAGCGGAAGUGGGAGCGGGGCAUACACCAUCAAGGCAACCGCCAGCACGCAACUUCUCCAUCUCUGAGAUACCAUCCAACUGUAGAUGCUCCACAGGCCCUCAGAAACCAACGGGGUCCCAUGAAAAACCAAAUACAGCUGUACUACUCAGUAGCUGACCUAAAGACAGCAGCAGGAUGUGUGGAGGGCAGGGAUGUGAAAUCCCAGAGGCAACUCUUCUAUAUCAAAGCAGUGACACUGAGGGAGGCCGAAGACAAGGGAAAAGAGCAAAGCAAGUCCAAACAAAAAGGAGCCUGUUUGAGUGGGCAAGAAGAGGAGGAGCUCACUGUGGACCCUCAUGUCGUGAUUUACUACCACAGAGGCCCAGUCCUGAUAGGACAGCCAAUCAGAGUGUCAGUGAAUCUGAGAGCUAACAUCAGUGGUCAGUUUGCAGUCAUUAGGAUGAAAGUGAAGAAGGGCCUGGUGUCAAUGGUGGCCCAGAGAACUCUGACCUCUGACAUGUGGGCAGUGACCCUAGAGAAAACACAGGCCUCCAAACAUGAUGUGUUGUCCAUCCUCUGCCACAAGCAAAGAACACUAAAGUCUCAUGAUCCCACUCUCCUCCAGCAGGUGGUGUGUUUGUCAGUUGAUGGCUUGAGGCGGAGCUUUGGUGUUGCCAUGAUGGUGUCCGCAAACUGGUGGGUGGAGUACUCGAGACAUACUACCCACUCAUCACUGCAUGGUGAAGUAGUGAGCAUCUUUUCAUUCACUGAUCGUCACAUCUUUGGCAUUGCACCAAUCACAGAGAGCGACACAGUGAUCAACACAGCCAUACUGAACAACGAGCCAGUGUUGCUGCCUGUCAUUGUCCUGGCCAUAAGCCAUGACGAGAGGGUGUCAGAUGUUACCUCCGCAGUCACAUGUCACUCCAUCAAUGAGAAUGCUAUCAAGGUCUCGAGUGAUUGUUCUACUCUCUAUGUUGAUGGCAGCGAAUCAGGACUGGGCUCAACCUGUGCAGUGGUGGAAUUUCAUCUGGGCAUGCUCAGUGGGUCUGUGUGUCUGGAGGUUUGGGCUCCAUCGGUGCCUCUGCGUGUGUCCUUGGCAGACCCUGUUCUCAAUGUUAUUGAUGGCUGGAACCUGUUCACAGAGAAAGGGUGUGUGCCGGUGUAUCAGCGCUCUUCAGUCCAGGUUCUGACUCAGUUCACAGCUCAGGACUCCCACAGCAGAACCACACACCACCUGGGCUCAUCUGAUUGGUUUGUGGAUGUCACCGAGCUGGUCCAUAACUGGCUGAGAGUAGAGGACCCCCGAGUGGCUUCCCUUGGUCCCCAAAACAUCCUGAUUGGUUUAAGACCCGGAAAGACAUCAUUGCAUGUUAUCUCUGAGCAGUGGGAUGGCAUGUUGGGCAGAUGUGACAUCACUGUCACCUCUGAUACUGUUACCCCUGGUGAUCUUUCUGUGCAAGUGGUCAGUGGCCUUGGAAUGUCAGUCAAGACCAGCUCUGGCCACCCCUCCAUCAUCACAGCAACAGUGACAGCCUACAACAUUUUGUACAACUAUCAUCAGGAGGCAUCCAUCAGCGUCUGGCUCCAGUUCAGUGAUGACACUGCCUCCCUCCUCUCUUCUUUCAGUGACCUCCCCUUUUCUCUGCGUCUCUCCUCAUUGGCUGAGACUGUGGUUAUGGUGACACCCAGUUCCAAUCAGCACAUCUUUGCUCAAGGCGAUGGAGGUGGGCCUUUACUGCGAGCAGAGCUUCUGGUUUCUACAUGUGCUGAUCAGCUGAUUACCUCAAACUCUGUUAGUGAAGACAAUGGGGAGUGGACAGCUUCUGAAGGACAAGAACGGACCAGGAGGCUGGCGAGAGGAUCAGGCUGGAUAAGAGUCAAGUUAGACCUGGAUUUCCUGCAGCCAGUAGCUAAGAAGAAUGAGGAUGAUGUGGAAUUUGACUUUGACAUUACAGACACACUGGUUGAAUCACACAGCAAUAUUUACGCAUCAAACAAAGAUGACAGUUGGAAUGAGAGCACCAGCAGUGACUACAAUGAGAAAACAAGUCAGAGCAUGACUGCCAGAAAGUGGAACAAGGUGAAUAAGGGAGGUAUAGUCAGUCGGAACACUCUGGAAAGAGCCGUCCUGAUGCCAAGCUUGGAUGAAGGCAAGAUGUACUUCUUUCCGAGCCAGGAGAGAGGAGGGGGAAAGGAGGACAAGCAGGGACCUUAUGAGAUGGAGCUUGGCAUGGGUGCUGUCCUCUCUCUGCUCGGUCUCUUUGUUGUCCUCUUCCUGGCUAAUUGUCUGCCCUGCGCCCUGCGAGACAGGAGGAUGAGGAGGACAGAAGAGAGAAUGGAAGUAGAACUGGAGGGAGGCGCAAUGGAAGAUAAGGAGGAGAGGAAAAAAGAAAAGGUCAAAGACUGGAAGGCAGAGGAGAGGAAGAAAAUAGAGGAUGAAUAUGAGCUAAAUCAGAAGCAGGCGGAGAACAAUGAAGAAUGUUUUAAAGAAGUAGAGAUCAUUUGCUGAAUUUCAGGGAAUUGAAUACAAAACAUCUGAAUCGAGCAAGUCGAUAGUGACAGCCAUGCUAUGCUCACCUUUUCUUUAUGACACUCAUAUCAGGGUAUAAUGAACCAAAGCUUCAAAAGAGCUCAAAAGAGUUCAGACUAUUCCUUUAAACUCCUUAAAAUAAGAGCUUAAUUUUUUUACAGUUUCUGCCUGAGCUGAGUUUUCAUUUAACAAACAAGAAACACAAAUUGAUUUUUCUUUUUUCUAAUUUUACCAGCAUAUUGAUCAAGAGCAGCUAUGAGCUAUCACUUUUGCCCCCCACCUGUUGACAGUUUCUUUAUACAUUUAGUGGUCAGAAGUUUUCAAAGGAGGUCAAUUAAUAAGUGUAAAUAAUAUCUCUCUUUUUGCUACAUGACCUACAGUGAGUAAGGUAGGUGAGCAAUACAGCUUUUCAAAAUGUAUCUUAAUGUAUAUAAUUUAGCUUUGUGGAACAAGUCCUUAUUGUUAAUCUCCUUUCCCCUCUGUGGGCAGUAUUUAUAGAGAGAAGUGAGAUAAGUACACAAAUACUUUUUCUGACAUUAGAUUUAAUGUUAGCAGAAGGCAGCCUCAUGCUUCAUAUGUUCCAAAUCCUUUAAAUGUGACUUUGGCAAACUUCACGAGCAGGUAUUUCCUGAUGGAACAACACAGAACAACAUCUCUGGAUGGCACCUACAGAAUAAUUUUGGGGCCUUUCAAAAAAGAGCACAAACCAGAAUAAGUACAGGAGAUCUUUAUUGUCAUGUACUCAUGUUUUUAAAUAUGCUGACUGAGAUCUCUUGUGUUAAGGUUCUUCGGUAUGUAACACAAUAACCACACUGACUGGACAACUGUUAGCAUUCCUAUGGGUUGUUUUAGAGUUUUAUUUCAGUCAUCAAAGAUGCACUUUUUCAAGUAUGUUAUGAAAAAUUUGACUGGUGUUGACUUUCGGUUAACCAGACUGAACUUAGGGGACUACGUUUCAGAGAAAUGUAUCAUCUUUACCGAACCAAUGUUUUUUGAAUGAUAAAACUGUACAGUUCCUUAGUUUGCAGCCAAUGUACCGUAGGCCUACUGUGUGCUGUACAAUGACUUUCUACCAAGAAACAACACGUUUAAUGCUAAGCAUACAGUAACUAUGCUCUGUCAUUUUGGUCAGUCAUUAUUUAUGGUUUCAUUUUAGUGUCUAAAAUAAAGUUUUGUGUAGGAAGCUUUCUCCUUUUCAAAGGGGCAUUUAUACUGAGAAAGGGUAGCUGAAUUGGAGCUGUUUACAUCUGUAACUGAGCUGAAUGUGGGUAUACUUCAGCUGGACUUAAGAAUUGUAAGGAUCAGUGGCUUAAAGGCAGAAUAAAAUGUAACAUGAUGAGUCAGGAGGAUGAUGGAGUGCACUUGCAAACACUGUUGGAGGACAGCAUGUUUCUUCCAGUGUCUGCAGUAGAUUUGGGAGCUUGGAUUCAGUAAGUCAACACUGUGUAUGCUAUGGUGCCCUGCGAUACUCAUUUCAGAGUUAAAGGGAAAAAAAUCCACCAUGGAAAAACAAUGGUGAGCUGUGAUGUAGCCUCUGGGAUGCUCCUGUACCUAACAGCAGCACAGCGAUCUUUUGUUUGGCCUGAAUCUAUCCAUGGGGAUCAUCAGUUUUCUUAACCAUUUAUCCAGCUGUCAGAGGCUGAGUCACAGCGUACACCCUAAAUAAGACGCCAGUCUAUCACAGGGCUAGUCCAUAGAGUCAGACCAUAAAAAUACAGGUCAUCAACAUUGAGCUGUUGAGUUAGCCAAAGUUUAUGGCUGAAACCCACUGGCCCACACAUGCCCACAUGUCCUCCACCAUGUUUGACAGGUGAUGUGGGUGCCUCUGUUAAUUAACUGUUCCUUAUCUUCUCCAUAGUUUUCUUUUUCCAUCUUUCUAGUACAAGAUCAUCUUGAUUUCAUUCCAGUUUUUUUCCCCACAACUGGACAGACUCGUUUAAAUGUUUUGUGGUCAAAUUUAAUCUGGCCUGCUUGUUCCUGAGUGUAACCAGUAGUUUGCAUCUUGUUGUAAACCCUCUGCAUUUAUUGUAGACUGCCCACACAGACAAGAGGAGAUCGGCUUGACACACUCGUGUGUCCAGACUUUUGACUGGUACAGUAUAUGUGAUGUCUAAAACAGGUUUUUGAUUGAAGACCAUCUCACUACUGUACAUUAGUAAACCUCAGCUGACAGGGAUAAAUAUAAAAAUCAUAAAAUCAUCCCACUAUGUAUACCACAGUGUUCAUUGAAUAGGAGAGGACAGUUAACAGGUUUAUAUGUUUACUGUUUCAGUUAUACUGGUAUUGAGUAGACCUCUCAUGGGACCUUGUGAGUGAGCUGGUUGUCUUUUCCUUGGUUGUGUGGCUGCCUUGAGUCUGACCACAGUCUUUAUCCUCAGCUCAGUAGAUGCAUCUGUCAUCUGCCAGGGUCAGCUCAUUAUGCUGUCUUCUAUUGAUGUUAUAGCACUGAGCUACCAGAUGUUUCUUGGUUAUUGUGCUGGUCUUCUGCUCAUCCAUAAUUCCCGCAUGCAUGGCAUGUAACGUGUGUGUCUGUGUUGACUCUAACAGUGUAAAAAAGGUGGUGAGGUGAGCUGGUGGUCACAGUCCACCAGGACCUGAGUGGUGGAUACGGCAGAAUGCCAUCAUGAAUCUCUGCCUUCCUGUCUUGUAGCAUGAGCUGUGUUAUUAAUUACCAGCAGCCUUCAGUACAUGGCAUAUUUGUCAACACCUGAGAACACCUGAGAGGAAGCCUAUUUAGUACAAGUUAAGUAUGAAUAACAUUAAUCUAAUAUGCUCACAUUUAUGUGAUGAUUUUCUAGUCUUACUGACCACUCAAGUUCUUUAGACGACAAGCCAUAUUUUAGUGUAUUCAAGCACUUUACGGCCUCACCAUCCAUGGACAUUUUAGAAUCAUGAACUGAGAUGACAUGCAGGUCUUUGCACUGUGGGAAAAAGCCAGGGUACCCAGAGGAAACCCAAUUUAACCAACCUUCUUGCUGUGAGGUGACAGUGCUAACCACUGUUAACUACAGUACUACUAGCACCCGUUUCCCAAAGCCCACUCUGCUGGACUUUUGCAGGUCCCUGAAGUUAUUUUGUUUUGUUUAAAAAACAAUGAGUAGAUUUGUCUCAUGCACACUGAUAUAUCAAAACUUUUGUUCAUAGUAAGUUGUAAUAUUCACUACACAUGAUUUGCAGCUGCUGAGCUAAAGCUUUCAAACCAGUGGACUGGUCCUUUGAGAGCUAAUUG